GAGGACACCGCCUUCGUUCAGCUGCAGGGCGAGCCCUGCGGCGGGGUUUGGGGUAAGCCGGUGGAUGUGGACGCCUCCUCUCGCGCCAUUUGGGUGGUCUGCGAGAAGGAGUACCGCACUGAGCACGGGCCUGAGCUUGAGCACUUUUUGUUUGCCAAGUGGGGCUGGUCGACCACCAACAACCACGUCUGGUGGCACAUGAUGCGCGGCGGCAACGUGGUGCAGUUGGACGCGGAUGACGACGCCAUGUGGGGCAUCGACGGGCACGGCAACAUCCUGUGGCGCCCGGCCGGGGACGUGGGGAAGCACAGCCGCUGGAUGCGGGUAGAAGGCCCUCCGGAGGUAUCCCCGACUUUGAUCGCGGCGGAUAACAACGACCAGGGCACCUGGCUGUGGUGUGCCGACCACCAGCACCGGCUCUGGCGCCGGAGCCCGGGCGACUACCAUCGGCCUGGCCACGAGAAGUGGGCAGACCAGGAUGCCGAGGGCGACCCCUUCUGGCCCAAGGACGUGGUGCUGAAGGAUCUGAAGGCGAACCAAGGAUGGGCCCGGGCCGUGGACAGCCAGGGCCAUCUACUGCGCCGCGGCAUCAACGGCACCUGCUGCCAGGAUCCGGCGUCCCCGGUGCACUGCUGGUGCGCGGAGGCUGCGCCACUGCUCUCGGUGGUGACGGACAAUGGGGACCACGGCCUCGGGUACUACUUCCCGUACCUGGAACACAAGAGGGCUGAGGGCUGGGAGGCCUCUGCGAACCGGUGGCUGCAGCUGCUCACCAGCCGGGACGUGGGCCACAACGCCGACAGUGUGCCCACCAGCUCCCAGUACUACUCCACCCACUGCCAGGUAGCCACUGACCACUGCCUGGAGCUGGACGUGGUCAUCGAGGAGUUUUUAGAGACCUGGGAGACGGAGGCCAAGACGAUGUGGCAGACCUGGAACUGGGACACCUUGAAAAAGGACUUCAGCCAGUGCAGCCGCUCCAGCGAGAGCUGCCAGAGGCCUCUGAAGCACUACGGGGCCUUUCGGGAGAGGUUCAUGCGGCACCUGUUCUGCUGUUCCCGGCGCUUGCAGACGCCCCAGGAUCCAAAGUGCGAGUCGCAGUCCUGUCGUGCCUAUGACAUGACGUGCCCCGGCUCGCGGCUGCUGACUUCGGACAUGGACUGCACCGUGUACCACUCCCGGGAUCCCGGGACUUUGAUCAAGAACAUGAGCCAGUUGGCCAAGAAGGCGUUCUUCGAGUACAUCAACAAGCCCGCGGACCUGGGGAUCUUGUUCGACGUCUCGUUGUACGGGACUUGGACCUGGAUCCCCGACGAGAUCUUCCAGAGGUUCGACUGGCCCAAGGCCUCCCAGGACCUCUUUGAGCCGGUGGUGGGCAAGGAGACGGUGGUCUGGGUCUUCCGCCGGAAGUGCACCCAGACGGCGCGCCAGGCCAUCUUGGAGAAGGUGAAGCACCUCAUCCACGAUGGGCCUCAUCACAUAAAGCAUCAGAAGGAGGACUUGGACAAGCUGACGGCGGCUUUGAAGAUCUUUGUGGGAAACCUCGCGGAGGGGAACUACCACUCUGGGCGCUCCAUGAGGGACUGGGAUCAGUUGUACCAGGACUACCGGGCGGUGAGCUCGGUGCAGCGGGAGGGGUACCUCACCUAUGCCGCCACCUUGGAGGUGGUGGGCCGACAGCAGGUGGGGCUCCCCACGACCUUCGCGGAGGACUACCAGUGCAUGAGGCAGGUGAGCUUCUUUGAGCAGCUCGCCUUCAUCGUGCAGCACAUCCAAACGGACGUGCCAGACGAUAUCUCCGAGAGCACAUUUGCAGAUGGCAUCACACACAUGGUGCUGAAGAGCGGGAAGUACUUCGACCGGCUGCUCGAGGUGGGCCUAGGCUACGACGAGGGCGACGAGGAAUUCAAGGGAAGACGCGAGGAGAACGACGCGGACACCGGCGUGCUAUGGCGGGUGCUGGGCUCGGUCUAUGGCACCAGCCAUUUGGACCACGUGCUGCGGGGCGUCUGUGGCUCGGAUUCCAUCUCCUCGAUGAGCACUUCUGCCUUUGAUGAUGCAGAGGUCGGGCGUGCAUGGACAUCGCCAUGUGGGGCAACGCGGUGCGACACAUGGAUGCCUUCAGACGUGACAUGGGGGAUCUGAUCCACCCCAUGGUCUCGGCAUUGUUCACCUGCCUGGUGCAUCCCAACGCCACCAGAGGCUCUACCUUGAAGCAGGCCAUGCUCCAUGCCAUCGACGUCUGGGCCGAUGCCGUGCCGCCCCUGCAGCCCAGCCGGCCGCCCUUGGCGACGCGCCCCGGCCGCGGUCUGGCGCUCGGCCUGGCCCUCGCGGGUCUUGCGGCUCUCGCCGCGGCCGCGCGGCGCCGGCGCUGGGUCCGCGCGGCCAGCGCGAGCGCGAGCGCGCCGAGCGUGCCGCCGAAGGCGCGACACGGACAUGCGGCGAAGCGGGAGUGAAUGCGGCCGGAAGUGUCACGUUUUCAAGCGGAGGCGGCUUAGGAGCUUUUGAAUCAUCCCACAGCCUCGGGCAUCCGAAGCAAACAAAGUUUUCAGGCCUCCAAAGGAUGGACCUCAAGAGAGAGCGACAGUGGGGAGGGCCAUAAAAUGGGUCGACAGAGUCCAGGUCUGUGAGC